ACGAAAUAUGACCGCAUGAAGUGAAUUUGACCAUCAGACUAACGAGCUCAUACUCUUGUCCAACUUUUGUAUUCAUGACGGCCAAGCGAACACGAGCCGAGAUGGAGAGUCAGGCUGUUGAUUCUGCGGCUUCGCCAUUCAUGCCGAUGUUCGAGGGUUUCCGGGCUGAGCUGGACGAGCAUCACGACCGUAGAGAGCGAAUAAUUAAAGCUUCAAGGGACGUCACAGCGGCAUCGAAAAAAAUAAUAUUCACACUGCAAAGAAUCCGAAAACUAAACGAGCCACUGCCACAGCAUGUACUGAAAAGCAACAAACAAUACUACGAGACAAUAUCCACACAGAUCUCCACCGUAUCUCGCGACUUACAGGAGAUCAACGCCUGGAGGUAUGCACGACAGAUUAGUGGAGGCUGUCAAGAAUAUAUCGAAGCAGCAUCCUUUGAGCACUAUCUGACGACCGCCUCCCUGUUGACAUACGAGCAAGCCGUCGAAGGCCUACGCAGGCAGGACCCAAAUGGCCCGGGAGUAGAGCUCAGCUUGGAAGACUAUGUUCUCGGGCUAUACGACAUGACUGGCGAAUUGAUGCGAUUUGCCAUCACGACGAUGGCAACCAGCGGCUCGUUGCCCACAAUUGCGCAGUCGAAGGAGUCUACCGCAGAAGAACAUGCCAUUGCGGCAGCUAAUAAGCGAAACAUCCUCACGGACAUGCGUGCUCUGCGUGCGGGACUCGAGUCAUUAAAUGUCGGAUUUGGACCCUUUGCAAAGGAGGUCGACAAAAAAAUGGAUGUGAUGCGGCACAGUGUUGAGAAGGUUGAACGAGCGCUGUACGGCCUGGUCGUUCGAGGCGCAGAACGACCGAAAGGGUGGAUGCCCGAUACCGAUGGUGGUAGAUCUGUCGAAGUCGAGGUUUGAUCUCAUUUCGCCUUUAGACGAUUUCAAGACGUCGUCGCGGGAGUUGAAGGCCAUGAGCUCUAGACGCCCGUAGCUUUGAUGGGUAACAUGAAUGGGCAUUGUCGAAUCCAUUAUUGGGAAAAACACGCGAGCAUUCGAAUGUAUCACUUGUGGAGCCCAUGGGCAUUUAUGAUGGAAUGUCACGAUUGUAAUUUUUUUGAGAUUCAGUCAUUAAUAGCGUUUCCGUUCGUGAUGUUGUUACAAGCCAGCCACCGUCGAACAUGUGUUAGUAUCUCAUCUAAACAUCUU